UAAAUUAAGUGGUCAACGAACCAAAAUCCCCUUUGGCAAGAUUGGCGUCUCCUCCAAAGGCCAAAUCCUCAUAGAAAAAAGUAGGGAAAAAGCAGCAAUCAGUUUCUAGUUCAGAGAAAUGGCUGCGUUCGCCGCAUAUUCGUCUCUUCUUCCUCGUACUUCACCGCUUACCCCCAUAAAUCUUCAUCCUUCUGCACCCCGCUACUGCUGCUUCUCCUUUUCUGAUAAAAACAAUGCACGUAUAGAUUUAGCAGCAGCCACUGCUGCUCCACUUUCCGCAUCGCCACUCCAACAACUUCACCGAGGUUUCGGACUUUGGGCUGAGAUGCCGAGGAAAAGGGAAUUUCUUUCACAGACCUCCGCUGUUCGACAGUUGACUGGCUCGCUUACCUCAGCUGAGGGCCUCCGGUUUGCAAUAGUGGUGGCUCGCUUCAAUGAGAUCAUUACCAGGCCUCUGUUGGAUGGAGCUUUGGAUACUUUCAAGAAAUACUCAGUUAAAGAAGAAGAUAUCGAUGUUGUAUGGGUCCCAGGUAGCUUUGAAAUUGGCCUAGUAGCUGAGAAGCUUGGGAAGUCACGAAAAUAUCAAGCAGUCCUGUGUAUUGGGGCUGUGAUUAGAGGUGAUACCUCCCACUAUGAUGCUGUGGCCAAUUCAGCCGCUUCUGGAGUACUAACGGCAGGUCUACAGUCAGGUGUUCCUUGCAUAUUUGGUGUCUUAACAUGUGAUGACUUGGAGCAGGCAAUGAAUCGAGCUGGUGGCAAGUCGGGAAACAAAGGUGCUGAAGCAGCUCUGACAGCUAUUGAGAUGGCAUCGUUAUUUGAGCAUCAUCUGAAGUUCUGAUGAGACUUUCAGCUCCUCUUCCACCUGCAACCUAUCUUGUUGGAAUGCUUUGUUGUGUUGUACCUUUCAUCUUGGAGCAACCCAAGUUCCCUUGGUUGCUUCAAUUGGAGCAUGAUGACAUAUGUUUUAGAGCCUUUCUUGUCCAUGCUUAGUUAUAAACUUAUCAUUAACGUAACACCCCUGUUUUCAGUUUGAUUUCGUGGAGUUUUGUCUAAUUAAAUCUCCGAAGGAUGUUGUAAAAGCUGGGGGAUCUGUAUUGGGUUUCUUUCUUGAUAAUAAAAGAGAAAUUCUCUUGUUUUUUUUCAGAAA